UGUCGACCGUAGCUGGGUCAGGCAGCAGCGUUGCAGCCGGAUCGAUGCUGCGGGGGCCCCCGAAUGGGCCAGCGGGCCUGCGAAGGGCUCGAUCCCGAGCUCUUGCAGCAUAUCCGCGAGUGUCCCUGUCCUUGUGACCAUAUGGGAUAUGGCAACUAUUUAGACUACCAGCAGAUCCCUCCAUGCCCCCCUUAUCCAGCCCUCUCCAGGGAAACCUCCUUCAAUGCGGUGCCUCAUCCUCAAAUCUCCAGAGAACAUCCGUAUCAUGACGUCAUCCGCAACUACCACCAUGGGGUGCCACGUGACUUGUACUAUCCAUAUGAGUACGACUCCUGCUCUUGUAGCUCUGGAAGCGACACCAGCAGAAGCAAUGGACGUGGUCCCUGGUGCGUCUGCUUGGUGGUUUGCGUUGUCGUUGCAACCCUCACUGCCGGUUUAGGACUGCCCUUAGCUUUAGGACCUCACGAUGUCGGUCACCUUUCUUCACAGGAACGACUCGAUUUAGUGAAGAAAUUAUUGAAAGAGUCUCCCCUAAUCGACGGGCAUAACGACUUGCCUUGGAACCUGCGAAAAUUCGAGCACAACCAGCUGAACCAGCUGAAUCUCAGCAAAAUGAGAGCAGAGGAACCGUGGUCGUCCAGCAAAUGGUCCCACACCGAUCUGUCCAGGCUGGUAGCUGGAGGUGUGGGCGCUCAGUUCUGGUCAGCUUACGUGCCAUGCAGGGCGCAACAUAAGGACGCAGUCCAGAUCACUUUGGAGCAGAUCGAUGCUAUCGAACGUCUGGUGCAGCGCGAAAAACACACCCUGGAAAUGGCACAUGCAGUGGACGACAUUCGAACUGUGCAUAAAGAGGGAAAAAUUGCCUCUUUGAUUGGAGUUGAAGGUGGCCACGCUUUGGGAAACAGUUUGGCCGUUUUGCGCACUUUUUACAACUUGGGAGCGCGAUACUUAACGAUCACCCAUUCCUGCGACACCCCAUGGGCUACCGGCCAGGACACGAUCACUCGAGAUGGACUGAGCGACUUUGGCAAAAACGUCGUCAAAGAAAUGAACCGAUUGGGAAUGAUUGUUGAUUUGUCCCAUUCAUCGGUCUACACAGCCGUAUCGGCGAUCAACGUUUCGGCAGCACCGGUCAUCUUCAGUCACUCGGCCGCUUAUACUCUGUGCAAUUCGUCCCGGAAUGUACCGGACGAGGUGCUCAGAAUGGUUGCCCGGAAUGGAGGGAUUGUGAUGGUCAACUUUUAUGCUUAUCAUGUGGCCUGUGGCAUUAAUGCCACUAUGAAGGAUGUUAUCAAGCAUAUUAACCACAUUCGGAAGGUUGCUGGCAUUGAACAUGUUGGCAUUGGGGCGGGAUACGAUGGAAUCAACGUGACUCCAUCAGCACUGGAAGACGUCUCACGCUAUCCUUAUCUCUUCGCCGAGCUGCUAGCGGAUCCCACAUGGUCCGAGAAGGAUAUUCGAGCGUUGGCCGGACUGAAUUUCCUGCGAGUGUUCGAAGAAGUGGAAAAAAUCAGGGACGAGUGGCGAAAAAUGGAUAUGCUACCCUUCGAACAGCUCGGCCCCAAGAGGAAUGUGGAUGAGUGCAUUUCGAAGAACUCUUGACACCAACUAUUCGUUGGGGAAUUUAGUCAAAUGGGCCAAUAUAAGAGCCAACUUAGAGGAAGGGUUUUCUGCGGGUGUUUCUUUUUGGUAGGUAAUUGGAGAUUCUUCGAUGAAAAUGCGAUGGCUCAACUGUUUUACCCCGAUUUAAUGUACGCGGAUAAUGGCAGAAAAUACUAGGCAGUGUAAAAUGUGUAUUUUUUGUAAUGCGUUUACGAUGUUAGAUGGAAGUCRCAAUACUGUAAAAUGCAACCAUCGACACCAAAUAAAAUAAUUUAAAAUCCUMUUGACUGCUCAACAAAAUUUGSCCCAAUUUUGGAGCUGAAUGCGUUCUGCAUUCAGGCAAAAMMCCGUUUUUUUUCAACACCAAAGCCAUAAAGAUAUGCCCCAUAUUUCGAGACGGUUUUCGAAAUUUUUCRUUUUUUGUUUUACUURCAGGGUGACUUUGAACAUUUUCUUGGUCUGGCACUGGUUUUUGCACCGAUUUUCAGAAUCUAACGCUCAUGUUUGAAUUAAAAAAUCUCUGCAUUCAACAACAAACUAAACUAUUUCAAAAAUGGCUCCACUGCAAGACUAAAGAGUUGAUUUUUUGAAAUCUCCUUCUAAAUAAAAGAAAUAGUCGAAAAAUUCAAUCACAGUUUUGCAAACGGGGAUUGGGUUUUCAAACCAAUUUUGAUGUCGAAAAAAAAACGUUUUUCUGUUCAACUGGAAACAUGCCAAACUUUGAGAAAUUUUGCAAUUUUGCAUUGUUUCAUUUUCAACCCUGCAGCAACAUCUAAAGUACCCAACUUUUUCAAAAAAUACGGACGGGUAGAGAAAAAUCGACUAGAUAACGUUUGAAAUAGACGCUAAAGCGCUCGCACCAAAUAGAAUUUCUCCAGUUUAAAAAUUAGGGCAAAUUUGUCGGUGUAACGUUUCUUUUGUUGAACAUUUUAUUUCUCACCUUGCCCUGAGGGCUCAUUUCAAACAGAUACUUUGUUGGUGCAUUUACCGAAAUUCUUCGCGAUCAAUCGCUUGAAACUGAUUAGUUUUUCGGGCCUUUAGGGCGUCAAAGAAAAGCCCUUCUUCCUGCCGUUUCGCAAGCUCGAGUUGUUUGCGUCUUCAGAGUGGGCCUGCGUCGAGCAAGUCMCCUCUGAAGACGCAAACAACUCGUGCUUGCGAAACGUCACGAAAAAAAGUCCACGCCGUUAAACUCCUAGAAAAAAUCAAUCAAACUUUUGUUGGAAAAAAAAUGGGCGGAAAACUCACCACUUUGAAAAUUGUUGCAUUUUAUUACUAUUGGGACUGUUGGCGUUUGGUAGGUUUUAUAGUGUUCCCACGCACAAUCAUGUGUUCGAAAUUACAAAACAAUCUGAUCCUUGAUUGCUAAAGCUAAUUAGAUUCCAGUUUUAGACACUGGAUGUAUUUAAGUGUGUUGUGUUUAAAUGUCGAUCCUUAUUGGGACACCCUGUUGCAUGUAGAGGCGCUGGUCAAGUCUGAGGACAAAUUCCGUAAAAACUUGGCACAGCUGCUUUGGGUUUUUCAUUGUUUUCUAUAUAGUUAAAUUGGAUAAUAAUGAAGACGAUUUUGCGACUGAGCAGUUUUUUGAUAAAUGGAAAAAAUCACAAUUUUUGAAUAUAUUGACAGUCUUUUGAAUUUUGUCGGAGUUUUAUAUAAGAGUUUAAUGAUUUUUUAAGGCUUUUACAAAAAAAAAUGAGAACAUUUAAUUGUAUUGAGAUGAUAUAGAUUUUUCACGUGAUUAAUCGUGUUUUUAUAUAGGAAUAGUAAGUAAAUGAUGUCCGACGUGCAAACGUGAUUAUUUUCACGUUGAUUCAUGUGCGUCGUCUUGGUUGUGAGAAAAAAAAAGGAUUCAGGAUAGGAUUGAAUUAAACCCGUCGAUUAGCAGCUUUUCAUCUUGAUCAUCUUUUAACCACCAAUACUAGAUCGACUUUGUCUUCUUUGUGCAAUUUCAGUCAAAAUCCAAACGAUUUCGAAAGUGUUGCCGCAAGUUUUCAGUAAAUGUUUAUACAAACUUAAGCAAAUCAAAAAACAGAAGCUCUCGAGUUUGAAACUCAUUUUUCAAACCUUUUCAGUUGAAGAUGCUGAAAAUCAACUUUUGCACCUACAACUCAAAAUUUUGCUCGUGUCUUACGCAAAAAUCACCCACUCUGCAUAUGACCAAAGUAUUUUUAUUUGUAAAAUUUCAAAAAUAAUCUAUUUCUAAAUAGCGGGAAACAUUUGCAAUUUGCUUCUUGUAACCAACUUGCAAGGUCCAAGCUUUUCGAUCGUCGUGGAAAAUCAUUUUUUCCUGACUACACUUUUCGAGCGAAACACCUCUGAAGAUGCGGCCACUCGUGCUGGCGAAACAUCAGGAAGAAAUGCUUUUCCACCCCAGUCCACCUUACCACAAACUUGCUCACACCGUCAAAAAAAAUUAGAAACAAUUAUUUGCCCUGGUUUAAUGCGAUCGUAUCCAAAAUCCGCCUUUUAUCAUUUACUCAAACAAACCGUAAGAGCUAUUUCGUGAGAUAGUGAGCAUUUGCCAAAUGAUAUAGUUUUUAAUAGUUUACGUGUCCGUUAGAUGGAACGGUUUUAAUGAAACGUUUUAAGUGUCGUUAUGUUGAUUAGAAAUCGACCCUAUUUAUGUAGAAUAAAAGUUGAGGGAAACUGUU